AUGGACGUGUCUGGAAUGUGGGCCGUCGACAGUGGUGCAACGCACCACAUUUGCCACGACAAGACCAAGUUCGCAAGUUUGGCAGAGCGCAAUGAGGGCGAACUCUUGGUGGCUGAUGGCAACAAGGUGGCCAUCAAGGGUGUGGGAACCAUAAUGGAAAAGGUGGUUCUGCCCAACGGUGAAGAGCGUGAGAUCAAAAUCAAGAACGCACUAUAUGUUCCAAGUAUGAGCAAGAACCUGCUCUCGGUGCCACAGAUUAACAGCCAUGGCAAGUUUCAAGUCGUGUUUGACGGGUCCAAGAUGUAUGUGACUCUCAAGAACUCACAGCAAGUGGUGGCGACAGCGGAUCUCGUGGAUGGACUCUACUGGCUUCGGACGACUCAACGAUCAGCGAAUGUGACAACAAGUGGAACCAGUUGUACCGAUCUACAUGCGAGAAUGGGUCAUGCUCCAGUCGAUGUACUUCGCAAGAUGAUCGCGACCAACAUGAUCAAGGAUGUGCGAGUCCCUCUCAAGUCGGGUGGAGCAACUACAUGUCGAGGAUGUCAACAAGGGAAAAUGGUCCAAAAACCAUUUCCAAGCAACCGAGACAAGCGCAGCUACGAUACGUUUGAGCUACUUCAUCUGGACAUCUGCGGGCCCAUGGAAAAGGAUUCGCUCGGUGGCAGCAAAUAUUUGCUGCUGAUCAUCGACGAAGCCAGUGGAUGCAUGAAGGGCUUUUGUCUACGAGUGAAGUCCGAGAGUGAAGACUACAUCCGGAAAUAUAUCACCAUGGUACAGACGCAAUUCUGUAAGAAGGUCAAGUUCGUGCGACACGACGGAGCUCGCGAGUUUGCAACCAACUCGCUUCAACUGUUCUACGAAGACGAAGGCAUUGAACAGCAGACAACGGUGCCGUAUGCACAUCAAACAAACGGAACAGCAGAGCGUGCCAUUAGGACUAUUGUCACGAUCGGCCGCAGCAUGCUUCAUCAUGCCAAACUGGACAAGUGUUUCUGGGCCGAAGCAGCGAUGACGGCCAUCUACGUCAAGAAUCGACUGCCGUCACCUAAAGUCGUGCACAAGACCCCGUUUGAGAUCGUCUACAACUUGAAACCAAGCGUCAAGCACAUGCGAACAUUCGGGUGUCAGACAUACAUACUGACGCCUAAAGAGAAUCGACUCAAGUGGGAUCCAAAGGCUCGCGCUGGCAUAUUCGUGGGCUACGAAGAAGUUUCGAAGGCAUAUCGUGUUUAUGACAUCGAGGCGGGGCAGGUGGUUAUCAGCCGCGAUGUCAACUUCGACGAGUCCACCUUUGGACUUCAACUGCCGAUCACUGAUGAAGAUGUCGAUGACCUGGACUUCGAAUUGCUGGAUCUUGAUGACGAAGAGCUGCGUCAAAUGGAGUACAAGCAAACAGGCAAGCGCAAGAACCGACUCAAUGAUGAAGAUACAGCAGCUCCACGACCGCGUGCAGUGCGUCAACGACCAGGACUAGAAGAGUCAAGCGCGCCGGAAAACAACUCGUCACGACAAGAAGAAGACGAAGAAACGAAGGAUUCUGGUGAUUCAACACCGCCUGUGUUUUGGCGUGCGAGUGCAAAUGCCGUUGAAGCAGCAGUGGACUUAUCAGAACCCUCAACAUUUGAAGCAGCAGUAAGCGGCCCUGACCAAGUGCACUGGAGAAAAGCAAUUCAUGCAGAGCUCGAGUCAAUGCGACUUCGCGGUGUGUUUCGUGCAGCCAAGCUGCCCAACGGACAACGCGCCAUUGGCACAAAAUGGGUGUUCAAGAUCAAGCGCAAGGCGGAUGGGUCAAUCGAGAAGUACAAGGCACGACUUGUGGCCAAGGGUUUCCGCCAAAAGUAUGGCAUCGACUACACGGAGACGUUUUCGCCUGUGGUCAAGUAUGUGACGCUGCGAAUGGUGAUCGCAAUUUCCAAGCAUUUUGGAUGGCCCAUCGACCAGCUUGAUGUGGUGACAGCUUUCCUGUAUGGCGUCAUGAAGGAACAAGUGUUCUGCGUGAUUCCUGAAGGCGUCGAACUUGACAGUACGUUCGACUGCCUGGAAUUGGUGAAGUCAAUUUACGGCCUCAAGCAAGCGUCGCGAGUGUGGAACGAGACGUUCGACGAGUAUGUGUGCUCCAUCGGAUUUCAAGUAUCGGACUUCGACCCAUGUCUCUACAUCAAGACUUCGGACGGCCAUUGCGUGUUUAUACUGGUCUACGUGGACGACGUCUUGGUGACUGGAAGCUCACUCGAGCUGAUUGCACAAACCAAGAACGACCUGAAGACGCGGUUCGAAAUGACGGACAGCGGCAAGUGUGCGUUUGUUCUUGGGAUCGAGCUUUUGGACGGUGAAGAUGGCAGUGUGACACUAUGUCAGCGUCGGUAUGUCGAUGAUAUCCUCAAGCGCUUUGGCAUGGAUGAUUGCAAGGCAGUCGCAAGUCCAGUCGACAUGAGCUCUCGACUUGUUUCAAGUGAUGCAACUACCAAGGUCGAUGCUCCUUUUCGCGAAGCUGUUGGUGCGUUGAUGCACCUGACCACUGCAACGCGUCCGUACAUUGCGUUUGCUGUGGGCUAUGUGUCGCGGUUCAUGGAAAAUCCCCAAGAAGAACACUGGGUUGCAGUUAAGCGUAUCUUUCGCUACCUACAAGGCACCAAGACGCAUGGAAUUUGCUACAAGCCAAGUGCAAGGAUCGACUUCCGUGGAUAUUCGGAUGCGGAUUGGGCUGGUGAUCUUACCGACCGCAAGUCAACAUCGGGGUACACGUUCAUGCUACUCGGUGCGCCAGUCAGUUGGGGCAGCAAGAAGCAGCCAAGUGUUUCGUUGUCCACGAGUGAAGCCGAAUACAUCGCACUCAGCUUGGCGAUUCAAGAGGGCAAGUGGAUUCAUCGUCUGCUUUGUGAGAUCGUGAUGGCUGCCAAUGAAGAAGGACCGGAACUCAUGAUUCAUGAAGACAAUCAGUCAUGUAUCAAGAUGACGAAGAACCCAGUCAACCACGGCCGUGCCAAGCACAUUGAUAUCAAGUACCAUCACAUCCGUGAUGAGGUCAAGCGCGGUGAAGUGAAGCUCAAGUACUGUGAAACUGCGGUGAUGUUAGCGGACAUCAUGACGAAGGGACUUCAUGGACCACGCCACAAGGAGAUGACGACGGCUCUCGGGAUUCGUGAGCAUUCGGAUUGA